AUGGCGUCCACUGCAAUUCCACCCCUCAAUAAGAUAAGUCUAGUGGGGAUAUGGAUCGAAUCCGUUCUGUGGGGUAUGAAGAUGUUGGGUGUAACAUCAAUUGUCUUGUUCGCGUUCGCCACUGCUCACAUUGCGGGCUCGUUGCAUCAACUCUUGGAGGCGUUCAUAUACGUGCCUAGUCCUGCACCUCCGCUGUACUCCACUCUGUACUGGGCGAAUAAAACCAACGGAGUGGCAGUAAUGAAAACUGUGCUCUAUGAUACCACUGUGUGGCUUCAGGACAUAGCUCUUGUGCAUUCCAACAUGAUUACUUGCAAUAAACAUGUCUCACGUUCGUUGCGGAUUUGGCGUCUAUAUGUUGUAUGGGAUCGCAAUUGGUUGAUAUGCAUCCUUCCUGUUGUUGUUGAUUUGGCUCAUAUGGGCUCUGCUUGUGCCGCUACUGGGCUCCUGGCCCAGCCUAACGCCGACAUCUAUGGUGUGGAGCUGAAGAGACUAGGUCCCGUCAGCUGGUCCCUGGAUCUCGCUGUCAACAUUAGCGUCACUGCGGCUAUAGCUGGCAGACUGUGGUACAUGGGCAGAAAAGUGUCAUUGGCUGCAUCAUCCAGGGGACUCAAUUCUGAUCAGAACCCGUACCUGGCUCCCAUAUUCCACUUCAGGGUACCUCCUAUCCCUAGCUCUUAG